AUGAGACCUGAAAUAUGCUUGACUUUGAUAUGCUCCUUAAUUCUCUGCCUUGUCUGCAGUGGUAAGUCCCUGGUGUAUGUUCAUAUUUAUGAUAGGCUGUGUGACUCCUUAACGUGUUGAGCAAUAUAAUCAUACUUUGAUAGAAAAUAAAGCUAUAACAAUAGUGUGUAUAUGACUAUUAGUAAAAGCAAAAGAGUGACAGUUGUUUUUUUCUGAACCCUAGCUUUGCCUCAGACCUGUACAGAGCCAUAGAUACUUGUCUUUAUGCUGUACCUAUAUUAAUGCUAUGUUCAAACUAUCUUGCACACUUCUGCCAAUUACACACGCACACACCCUCAUGUCUCCCUCUCUCUCUCGCUCUCUCGCUCUCUCUCUGUCUCUCAGUAGUCUCAUCUGGGGUUUCUGUCUGCAGUACUGAUGGCAUGUCCAUUCGAGGAGGGGAGUACAGUCUCUCAAAUGGACUAAAUGUGGGCAGUGAGCUGUUGUACCACUGUCCUGAUGGUUAUUACCCUUACCCCAAACAUAUGCACAGAUGUCUGGGCCAUAAUCGCUGGUCCCCAAGCCCCAGUCGACGAGGCAGUGAGUGCAGGGGUGAGUAUGGUGAAUUGAUGUUCAGUUUGGAUAACUUAAUUCUGUACUCAGAUCUGUCUGCUGUUCAUGAUAACACACAAUGUAGCACCUCAACCCCUGAGGAUCUUUGACAACCAUCCCCAAAAGGUCCACCACUCUUGCCCAAUCUACCUUCUCAUUCAAAGCAACAAAGAAAUGGAAUGCCAUUCCCUCCUCUCUGAAAGCGUGUAGUAGCUUCCAAGCCUUUCUCGUCUGAGGCAAAAAAUUGAUCAAGUCCAAUCAGACAUGUUCACAUUGAUUUAAACCUUUUUUUUAUGUAACAGAAGACACAUUAAAACCAGACUGGACUCACUGGACAGACGUUUUAUAUUUUAUGUAAAUGUUUGCGCCUCCAAUAAGUAUGUUAUGCUACAUUUACAAAUGCAACUAUGGUAUGGUUAAUUAAGACAGAAACAAAAGUAGGGAGAUUGGUCGGGGAGGAUGGUUGGGCAUGUACUGCGACCGUCUAGCAAUCCAAAGGUUGCAUGUUCGAGUAUCGUUGGGGACAACUAACAUUUUAGCUAACCCUUCCCCUAACCCAGGGUUAACCAAACUCGGCCCUGAGGACCUCAAGGGGUGCACGUUAUAUCAUUAAGCUUUGAUUGUUUUAAACAGCUGUGUAGUGCUAGGGCAAAAACCAAAAUGUGCACCCCUUGGGGUCCCCAGGACUGAGUUUGGGGAACACUGCCCUAACCCUUAUUCUAACCUUAACCCAAUUCACAUAACCUGCUAUGUCAAUGAUCCUAACCUUUGUUGUUAGUUCUCCUAACCCUUUAUGUAAAAUCUCUAACCUUUGCUGUUAGUUCUCCUAACCACCUUAAAUUCUCCUUGUAAUUCUCCUUUGUUAUGACGCAACAAGCAGCCUGGUCUCAGAGAAAGACUAGGUGACCACCUGUGCUAUAGGCAACCCUAAAAGACAGACAGAAAAGGAUCCGCUGGAGUUUCCCCUUAUCAAUAAGUGGUUGCACUGAUUUAGAUAAAGCACUCAAUCAAAUUAAAAUGUUGCGUCAAAAUAACCAACCAUUGCUUCACUAAAAUGUAAUGUCUGAUCAUUAGGCUAUGGACAAGUUGCUAUGGACAAGUUGCGUGCAUGUGUUUCUUUAAAAAAAAUGUUUGUCAAUUCAUCUUCAUAUAGCCUAUAUCACGGCUUUGAUGGACCAUUUUAGGUGGGUGGGUGUGCUUAUGAGUUCGCUAAUUCUCUAUGUCCAUUCAGAAAGUUUCCUAAAAUAGGCCUAGCUUGUCUAGACUUCAUCUCUUUAAUCAGAUCGAAAGAAAAUUGUAGGCAGCAGCAAGUGUGAUGAUGGUCUGCAUAUACAGUGGGGGAAAAAAGUAUUUAGUCAGCCACCAAUUGUGCAAGUUCUCCCACUUAAAAAGAUGAGAGAGGCCUGUAAUUUUCAUCAUAGGUACACGUCAACUAUGACAGACAAAUUGAGAAAAAAAAAAUCCAGAAAAUCACAUUGUAUGAUUUUUUAUGAAUUUAUUUGCAAAUUAUGAUGGAAGAUAAGUAUUUGGUCACCUACAAACAAGCAAGAUUUCUGGCUCUCACAGACCUGUAACUUCUUCUUUAAGAGGCUCCUCUGUCCUCCACUCGUUACCUGUAUUAAUGGCACCUGUUUGAACAUGUUAUCAGUAUAAAAGACACCUGUCCACAACCUCAAACAGUCACACUCCAAACUCCACUAUGGCCAAGACCAAAGAGCUGUCAAAGGACACCAGAAACAAAAUUGUAGACCUGCACCAGGCUGGGAAGACUGAAUCUGCAAUAGGUAAGCAGCUUGGUUUGAAGAAAUCAACUGUGGGAGCAAUUAUUAGGAAAUGGAAGACAUACAAGACCACUGAUAAUCUCCCUCGAUCUGGGGCUCCACGCAAGAUCUCACCCCGUGGGGUCAAAAUUAUCACAAGAACAGUGAGCAAAAAUCCCAGAACCACACGGGGGGACCUAGUGAAUGACCUGCAGAGAGCUGGGACCAAAGUAACAAAGCCUACCAUCAGUAACACACUACGCCGCCAGGGACUCAAAUCCUGCAGUGCAAGACGUGUCCCCCUGCUUAAGCCAGUACAUGUCCAGGCCCGUCUGAAGUUUGCUAGAGUGCAUUUGGAUGAUCCAGAAGAGGAUUGGGAGAAUGUCAUAUGGUCAGAUGAAACCAAAAUAUAACUUUUUGGUAAAAACUCAACUCGUCGUGUUUGGAGGACAAAGAAUGCUGAGUUGCAUCCAAAGAACACCAUACCUACUGUGAAGCAUGGGGGUGGAAACAUCAUGCUUUGGGGCUGUUUUUCUGCAAAGGGACCAGGACGACUGAUCCGUGUAAAGGAAAGAAUGAAUGGGGCAAUGUAUCGUGAGAUUUUGAGUGAAAACCUCCUUCCAUCAGCAAGGGCAUUGAAGAUGAAACGUGGCUGGGUCUUUCAGCAUGACAAUGAUCCCAAACACACCGCCCGGGCAACGAAGGAGUGGCUUCGCAAGAAGCAUUUCAAGGUCCUGGAGUGGCCUAGCCAGUCUCCAGAUCUCAACCCCAUAGAAAAUCUUUGGAGGGAGUUGAAAGUCUGUGUUGCCCAGCGACAGCCCCAAAACAUCACUGCUCUAGAGGAGAUCUGCAUGGAGGAAUGGGCCAAAAUACCAGCAACAGUGUGUGAAAACCUUGUGAAGACUUACAGAAAACGUUUGACCUGUGUCAUUGCCAACAAAGGGUAUAUAACAAAGUAUUGAGAAACUUUUGUUAUUGACCAAAUACUUAUUUUCCACCAUAAUUUGCAAAUAAAUUCAUUAAAAAUCCUACAAUGUGAUUUUCUGGAUUUUCUUUUCUCAUUUUGUCUGUCAUAGUUGACGUGUACCUAUGAUGAAACUUACAGGCCUCUCUCAUCUUUUUAAGUGGGAGAACUUGCACAAUUGGUGGCUGACUAAAUACUUUUUUUCCCCACUGUAUGUGUGAGGAAUGACGACAGGUGCCAGUUUUGUGUUUCCUCUCUUACUAAAUGGGGUGCAACUGAAUGAAAACGUAGCCAUGCUCCUUUCAUGAUUCAUCCUACAGUAUAGAAUGAAUAGCCUAUCCUAAAAAACGAAUCCAGUAGUAUAUGAUUUUUCUCUCGUUACUGUGUCCUCUCUAGCCACUUUGAACAACAUAUUGCCACUGAGAAUGACCGCAGCAGUGUUGGUGACGUUCUGCAAAUGUUUCUGAAAAGUGGAGUGAAAAACUCAUAGGACUUGGUGUGAAUGGUUUAGUGCGUCAAAAUCGGAAUCUGUAUUCUUUCGGAAUUCGAACGAAAAGAUCGCAAAGCAGUUGUGAGUAAAUGCCUUAAGAUGUGUGAUACUAUACGUCCUCUAAUUCGUAUGAUAUUGUACGACCGCUAUUCCAUUUAUAAUGUAACCUAACGUAACAUAAUAUAUCAUACUAUACAGAGGCAAUAACAUUUACAGUGAGGGAAAAAAGUAUUUGAUCCCCUGCUGAUUUUGUAUGUUUGCCCACUGACAAAGACAUGAUCAGUCUAUAAUUUUAAUGGUAGGUUUAUUUGAACAGUGAGAGACAGAAUAACAACAACAAAAAAAACAUGUCAAAAAUAUUAUAAAUUGAUUUUCAUUUUAAUUAGGGAAAUAAGUAUUUGACCCCCUCUCAAUCAGAAAGAUUUCUGGCUCCCAGGUGUCUUUUAUACAGGUAACGAGCUGAGAUUAGGAGCACACUCUUAAAGGGAGUGCUCCUAAUCUCAGUUUGUUACCUGUAUAAAAGACACCUGUCCACAGAAGCAAUCAAUCAGAUUCCAAACUCUCCACCAUGGCCAAGACUAAAGAGCUCUCCAAGGAUGUCAGGGACAAGAUUGUAGACCUACACAAGGCUGGAAUGGGCUAAAAGACCAUUGCCAAGCAGCUUGGUGAGAAGGUGACAACAGUUGGUGCGAUUAUUCGCAAAUGGAAGAAACACAAAAUAACUGUCAAUCUCCCUCGGCCUGGGGCUCCAUGCAAGAUCUCACCUCGUGGAGUUGCAAUGAUCAUGAGAACGGUGAGGAAUCAGCCCAGAACUACACGGGAGGAUCUUGUCAAUGAUCUCAAGGCAGCUGGAACCAUAGUCACCAAGAAAACAAUUGGUAACACACUACGCCGUGAAGGACUGAAAUCCUGCAGCGCCCGCAAGGUCCCCCUGCUCAAGAAAGCACAUAUACAGGCCCGUCUGAAGUUUGCAAAUGAACAUCUGAAUGAUUCAGAGGAGAACUGGGUGAAAGUGUUGUGGUCAGAUGAGACCAAAAUCGAGCUCUUUGCCAUCAACUCAACUCGCCAUGUUUGGAGGAGGAGGAAUGCUGCCUAUGACCCCAAGAACACCAUCCCCACCGUCAAACAUGGAGGUGGAAACAUUAUGCUUUACAUUUUUACAUUUGUACAUUUUAGUCAUUUAGCAGACGCUCUUAUCCAGAGCGACUUACAGGACCAAUUAGAGUUAAGUGCCUUGCUUAAGGGCACAUCGACAGAUUUUUCACCUAGUCGGCUCGGGGAUUAGAACCAGCGACCUUUCGGUUACUGGCACAACGCUCUUACCCACUAAGCUACCUGCUGCUUUGGGGGUGUUUUUCUGCUAAGGGGACAGGACAACUUCACCGCAUCAAAGGGACGAUGGACGGGCCAUGUACCGUCAAAUCUUGGGUGAGAACCUCCUUCCCUCAGCCAGGGCAUUGAAAAUGGGUCGUGGAUGGGUAUUCCAGCAUGACAAUGACCCAAAACACACGGCCAAGGCAACAAAGGAGUGGCUCAAGAAGAAGCACAUUAAGGUCCUGGAAUGGCCUAGCCAGUCUCCGGACCUUAAUCCCAUAGAAAAUCUGUGGAGGGAGCUGAAGGUUCGAGUUGUCAAACGUCAGCCUCGAAACCUUAAUGACUUGGAGAAGAUCUGCAAAGAGGAGUGGGACAAAAUCCCUCCUGAGAUGUGUGCAAACCUGGUGGCCAACUACAAGAAACGUCUGACCUCUGUGAUUGCCAACAAGGGUUUUGCCACCAAGUACUAAGUCAUGUUUUGCAGAGGGGUCAAAUACUUAUUUCCCUCAUUAAAAUGCAAAUCAAUUCAUAACAUUUUUGACAUGCGUUUUUCUGGAUUUUUGUUGUUGUUAUUCUGUCUCUCACUGUUCAAAUAAACCUACCAGUAAAAUGAUAGACUGAUCAUGUCUUUGUCAGUGGGCAAACGUACAAAAUCAGCAGGGGAUCAAAUACGUUUUUCCCUCACUGUACAUACCAAAUCCAACGAAUCCUACAAACGAACAUUCAUUAAAACAUAUUGCACCUAUUGAAAUUGCACUAACUGGGAUAUGUGCAAUAUAUAGAUUUUACAUUGUGUUCUACAACUCAAAUAUGAUCAGGUCCAAUAGCAAUGAUUGCAACGACUAUUAUUUGCAAUGUCUUGACUUCUGUGUUGAAACUGUCCUGAACUCGGUUUUGUUUUCCACAUUUUGUUGCAUUACAGCUUUAUUCCAAAAUUGAAUAAAUUUGGUUUUUUCCUAAUCAAUCUACACACAAUACCCCAUAAUGACAAAGCAAAAACAGGUUUUUAGACAUGUUUGCAAAUUUAUAUAUAUAAAAAAAAAGUGGAAUUAUCACAUUUACAUAAGUAUUCAGACCCUUUACUCAGUACUUUGUUGAAGCACCUUUGGCAGCGAUUACAGCCUCGAGUCUUCUUGUGUAUGACGCUACAAGCUUGGCACACCUGUAUUUGGGGAGUUUCUCCCAUUCUUCUCUGCAGAUCCUCUCAAGCUCUGUCAGGUUCGAUGGGGAGUGUCGCUGCACAGCUAUUUUCAGGUCUCUCCAGAGAUGUUCGAUCGGGUUCAAGUCCGGGCUCUGGCUGGGCCACUCAAGGACAUUCAGAGACUUGUCACAAAGGCACUCCUGCGUUGUCUUGGCUGUGUGCUUAGGGUUGUUGUCCUGUUGGAUGGAGAACUUUCAACCCCCCCCCCCCCCCCCCCCCCCCCCAGUCUGAGGUCCUGAGCGCUCUGGAGCAGGUUUUCAUCAAGGAUCUCUCUGUACUUUGCUCUGUUAAUUUUCCCUCGAUCCUGACUAGUCUCCCAGUCCCUGCCGUUGAAAAACAUCCCCACAGCAUGAUGCUGCCAACACCAUGCUUCACCGUAGGGAUGGUGCCAGGUUUCCUCCAGACGUGAUGCUUGGCAUUCAGGCCAAAGUGUUCAAUCUUGGUUUCAUCAGACCAGAGAAUCUUGUUUCUCAUGGUCUGAGAGUCCUUUGAGUGCCUUUUGGCAAACUCCAAGCGGGCUAUCAUGUGCCUUUUACUGAGGAGGGGCUUCCGUCUGGCCACUCUACCAUAAAGGCCUGAUCGGUGGAGUGCUGCAGAGAUGGUUGUCCUUCUGGAAGGUUCUCCCAUCUCCACAGAGGAACUCUGGAGCUCUGUCAGAGUGACCAUCGGGUUCUUGGUCACCUCCCUGACCGAGGCCCUUCUCCCCCGAUUGCUCAGUUUGGCCGGGUGGCCAGCUCUAGAAAGAGUCUUUGUGGUUCCAAACUUCCUCCAUUUAAGGAUGAUGGAGGCCACUGUGUUCUUGGGGACCUUCAACGCUGAAGACAUUUGUUGGUACCCUUCCCCAGAUCUGUGCCUCGACACAAUCCUGUCUCAGAGCUCUACGGACAAUUCCUUCAACCUUAUGGCUUGGUUUUUGCUCUGACAAGCACUGUCAACUGUGGGACCUUAUAUAGACAGGUGUGUGCCUUUCCAAAUUAUGUCCAAUCAAUUGAAUUUACCAUAGGUGGACUCCAAUCAAGUUGUAGAAACAUCUCAAGGAUGAUCAAUGGAAACAGGAUGCACCUGAGCUCAAUUUCGAGUCUCAUAGCAAAGGGUCUGAAUACUUAUGUAAAUAAGGUAUUUUUGUUUUUUUAUUUUUAAUAGAUUUGCUAAACAUUCUAAAAACCUGUUUUUGCUUUGUCAUUAUGGUGUAUUGUGUGUAGAUUGAUAAGGAUUUAUUUGUAUUUAAUCCAUUUUAGAAUAAGGCUGUAACAUAACAAAAUGUGGAAAAAGCGAAGGGGUCUGAAUACUUUCCGAAUGCACUGUAUUUUAUCUGUUUGUAUAUAACGUUUUCAUGUUUAUGUUCACCUGCCCAGGGACUGCAGAUGGAAAUGAGCUGUUAGCUAAAUCUGGUGCAAAGCAUCAUUUCUCUUAUUUUUUCAAUAAUUUUUUUUACUUAUGUUUUUGUUGUACAUUGUCCCUGUCCAAAUAAACAAAUAAAUAAUAAUUAAAAAAAUAUCCAGUAUGUUCACUAACGCUACCAACUACACUCUCUCAUUGUUCCUCCCUCUAUCUCGCUCACAAUAGUCAUGACGUGCCCUAAUCCCAGUCAUCUGAGAAAUGGUGAUGUGUCUCCUGUCCAAUCGCAGUAUGUUGUUGGGGACCAGACCACUUAUGGAUGCUAUGACGGUUACACUUUCGCCGGCUCCGCCAGCAGAGUCUGCCAGAGUAAUGGGAGGUGGAGCGGCGACACGCCUAUCUGUGAUCAUGGCUGUAAGUGAAAAGAUCUCUUUGGUCCAACCUCUUACAAAUCCCUUUGCCAACCCCAACAGAUCGUUAAAGGCCCCAUGCAGUCAAAAACAUGAUUUUCCUGUCUUUUAUAUAUAUUUCCACACUAUUAUGUUGGAGUAAUACUGUGAAAUUGUGAAAAUUAUGAUAAUGCCCUUUUAGUGUAAGAGCUGAUUGACAAAACCGCCUGAAAUUUCUGCCUGUUUUGAUGGGAUGGAGUUUUGGCCUUCCAUGAUGACAUCACCAUGUGGUAAAUUAGUUAAUAGACCAAUAAGAAAGAGAGUUCCAAACCUCUCUGCCAAUAACAACACAUUUUCUGUUUUCCCCUCCCCACUCAGACCACUCCCAGACAGUACUAGCAAAAUUCUUGCUUGAGAAAUUGCUCUUUGCUAAGAAGCUAUUUUUGUUUCUUUUUGACCAUUUUAAUUGAAAACAAUCACAGUAAGGUACUUAAUUGUUACAGAGAAAUUAUUUGAUAUGAGAUAAAAAUGGCUGCAUCGGACCUUUUAAGGGUUGAUUAGGUCAUAAGGACUGUAAGACAUAGGGGACUGCAUUUCAGAUGUAGCGCUGACUCUGUUCCAAAUGCCACAGAGCAUUAGUCUAUUGGAAUAACGUCUUUUCUAAACUUAAAGUUUUUGUAUGUAAAGGUAAUUGCUCCGGUCCAUUGUUUCCUUAUCUUACUCCACCUUAUCCCACACCCUAGCUGGUCAUUGCCGUGACCCUGGCGUUCCCCCGGGGGCCAAGCGCCAUGGAAAUAUGCUCGAUAUAGGUGACCGGGUGACAUAUGAAUGCUCUUUUGGACUGAUGCUGCUGGGAUCGAAGGAGCGGAUGUGCCUGGAGGGUGGAGACUGGUCAGGAACUGAGCCUUUCUGUUACAGUGAGGAACCAUAUACCCAUCCCUCACAUUGUCAAUAAAUCCUUAUAACACAUAAUACACAGAUGCAGCUACACUAGAUACAUAAAAGUUGACAUUUUUUAUUUUACAGGUAAAAACAACUAUGACACCCCAGAGGAGGUAUCCAAGUACUUCUCUACAUCCCUCGAGAAUCGGCUGGCAAUAUCUGGCCUGGGUGACAAUAGUGAGUUGCCAAGACCCUUAUGUAGUGAACGACAUUGUUCCUCUUUUUGUUUUGUUUUAUAAACCCCAUGCUCAAAUUUUUUGCUUUGAAAUCUGAACCAUGCGUAUCGUACAUUGUCUUACAGCUGAUGGGCAGCAAGUACAAAGGUCCAUCCAGAUGAGGCAGGGAGGCAAGCUCCACAUCUACAUUGCUCUGGAUACUUCAGGGAGCAUAAGCAGAGAUAACUUUACUGUGGCCAAAAACUGCGUUGAAGCCCUCAUCAACCAGGUACAGUAUUACUAGUAUUAAGACAGACAGCUCAGAUCUGUUGUACAAUCUUUACAAUACAUUUAGGGCCCUAUUCAGACUUGAGAUAAGUUGACUUAACAUGGACUUAAGUAAUAAAAUGUUGACUUAAGUCCAUGUUUUAUUGACUUAAGUCCAUAUUAAGUCUACUUAUUCCAAGUCUGAUUAGGGCCCUUAGUAAUAUAUAAUAAUAUAUGCCAUUUAGCAGACGCUUUUAUCCAAAGCGACUUAGUCAUGCGUGCAAUACUUUAUUUCAAGAAACACUAUUGCAGUACAAAUGGUCAGUUAUUAGUUUUGAUAUCAAUAAACUUUUGUUUUGUUAUGCUUUGGUUGGGUUUCUUUUCUCCCUCACUUCCUCCUCUCCAUUUUUGCCUGGGCAGAUUUCUUUUUUUGAAGUCAUCCCGAGGUACGGAAUUCUGAGCUUUGCUUCUGAGGUCAAUGAGAUUGUUGAUAUCUUCUCUCCUUCCUCACACUCAGACAUGGUUUUACAGAAAUUAAAUAAUGUCACCUACGGUAAGAACAAGGUUUUUAUUAUUAGACCAUCACAAUCUACAGUAUGUCAAUACAUUAUGUGUUAUAGUUUUUUUUGUUGUAUUUUGUGUCUGAAUGGCAAACAUGUUGGUGGCAAUGCAUAGUUCUCAGAGUAAGAUUUCCUCCUUCAACAGGUAAAUUAAAUGGUACUGGAAGUAACCUCUCAAAGGUAUUUAAAAAAAUCCAUCACAAGAUGGCUGUCUUUAAGGAAAGAAAGGAGCUUGAAGACACACAGCAGGCCAUUCUUAUGUUUACAGAUGGUAAUGUUGCUGUAUGUGUGGGUUUUUGGUUUUACUAUCCUUCGGGGAACAUAAGUCUUCACAGUUAGUGGGGACAUUUUGCCAGUCCCCACAAGGAAAAAAGCUAUUUUAGGCUUAGGUGUUAGGUUUAGGGUUACAAUUAGGGGUUAGGGAUUAGGUGUUUGGGGUUAGGGUUAGGGGUUAAGGAAAAAAAACGUUUUUAAUGGGAAUAAAUUGUUUGGUCCCCACAAUGAUAGUAAAACAAAUGUGUGUGUGUGUGUGUAUAAUACAAUUCAGGGUAGAUUUAAUGUAUUUAAUUCUCAUUAUUAUUAUUAUAAUUCUCGCCAUUCCUGCAGGAAAGACUAACAUGGGGGGAAGUGCAGAGCCCACUGUUAUCAGGAUUAGGAACCUGAUGGAAGAAAUACAUGGCAUAAACUGGCAGAAAUAUCUGGGUAAGAUCAACUGCUGA